AUGUCUGGCAACGAGGUGAAGAAGGUCACCGUCAACGGCACCGCAGCCGCCUACAAUCCAACCACACAGGAUACCAUCAUGAUGGCCUUGCUGCAGAACGGCGGCGUGGCGCGCAUACAACGCACCUUUCAGGAGCGCCUUGACGAGACUGGAUGGACGCAGGCUCUGCGCACAUACGUGGAGAAUAUGUUCAGGAGCGGCGAGGUCACCACGUAUGACCAGGCUCUGAAGAAGGUCAGCGAUCGCAUAUCGCUGCAGGGCGCUGAGGACGAUACCAAGAGCAACGGCGUCAAUGGAGUAGGGGGUGCCUCAGAUCUGACCAUACCACGAGAGGCAGCGAAUGAUGCCGCCGAGAGUGUGAAGAAGGAGCUGGCGCAAGUGGUGAAGAUCGAGAAGUGA